AUGUACUCGUCAGUCAUGUCUUUGGAUUCUCAGGACAAAGUAUUUCUAGGCGCGACGCUCGCUACAGCGGUAGUAGGGGCUGCACUUGUCGUUACUGGCUUCGUCCUUCGAUUCGGUCGCGGUUUUGGAACUUUUGUCGCGUAUGCCCGCAAGGACAACGAUUUCUUGGAGCUGCGCCGUCUCGACAUGAUAUUUGGUUUGUUCACAGCCGCUGCAUGUAUCUUGAUAUUAAUGUUCUUCGUUGCUGCUUAUGCCACUAUUCGAAGAAACAAAUUCCUAUUACGAGCGUACUGCGCAGUGAUUGCGAUGAUGGUGAUCAUUCAGCUUGUUUCCGGCCUUCUCGCUUUCACCUACUCCGAUCAAAUAAAUCAACUCGCCUCCGAUGAUAUUCUCUACGAAUCUCUGAACAAAACUGCGUCACGGCCCAGCUAUUAUUCCUCAGACUUAGUCAAGACUAGCCAGGAUAUCCUUGUAUCUAAUGAUCUCUUUGUUGUUCAAAGCUUCAACAGCAGCUUCCCGACCGAGUCGCGGGACUUGCCGAUUAUGCAGAAGUGA